UCAGCUGCAGCCCGUGCGUCCCUGGGGAGGGGCUGAGGCUGCGGCUCGGCUGCGGGAGCUGGAUGGAGGAGGAGGAGGAGAGUUUCAGAGAGUCCCCAGCCCGGCCGGGAGGAGGAACUUUGGAGACUGAGCCGCUGCCCGGAGCCCGAGCGCACGGAGGGAGCCGGGGCGCGGCCGCUGCCAGGGGGACACCCGCUGAAUGAGUUACGAGCCGGGGAGGGGGGAGGCAGGAUAACCUCCCGCACUCCCCACCCCGCACCCGGCUUUGAAAGGGGAGGAGGAGGAGGAGCGGGUGUGCGAGGGCAGAGGACGGCGAGAGGCGGCUGCCGGAUGUGAGAAUAGAAGUUAACUGUCCAAAGGCAUGCCUUGGGCCUAAAGUGGAUGACUGCGAGGCCUUGGUACAAACUGUGCCCAACAGAAAAAGUUUGGAGCUAACUGAGCUCUUGGGACCUUCCUGUAUGGUGUAGUUUUCUGUGGGAAUGCCAGAGAUUCAACAGAGGAGACAAAAAGUGACUCCACUUUGCCUAAUCUAACAGUGAUUUAUUUGGCAAGUGCUUUACCAGGUUUUACUAAGCCUGUGUCUGCAGAGAUGCCAGAUAAAACGCCAGGUGGUACAGAACCUGUCUCCAGGAAUGAAGAUGACUUCCACUUACCUCUUGAUGUUUUACCAGCUGUGACGGAGGCCCUUGACUCCAAGACAAAAGAGGAAGAUAUGCACAAGCAGAGCAGACCUUUCCAUUACUGUGAAAAAAAAACCAUGGACCUGUCAGACAGUGACCGUCCCGUCAGCUUUAGCUCCACUUCCUCCUCUGCUUCCUCCAGGGACAGCCACUGCUCCUUAGGAAGCAGAAUGACUUUGGUUUCAAACAGCCACUUGGGUUUGUUCAACCAGGAUAAAGAAGCAGGUGCCAUCAAGCUAGAACUGGUACCAGCCAGGCGAUUUUCCAGCAGCAAGUCACGCAAAAACUCCAUCACAGAGCAAGAGGAUCCUGAGGAAAACCUUGAAAAAAGGCUAACCAUGACAAGGAAAGCAGAACCAAAAGGAGCGAGCAAAAACUGUUCAAUGUCCUUGGUCACAGAGCCCACCAGUCCCAAGCUCCUCUACGUAGACAGAGUUGUCCAAGAGAUUGUGGAGACAGAGAGGAUGUAUGUGCAGGAUCUAAAAAGCAUUGUGAAGGAUUACCUUGACUGUAUCACUGACCAGACGAAGCUCUCCCUGGGGACAGAAGAGCGAUCAGCUCUGUUUGGAAACAUACGGGAUAUCUACCGUUUCAACAGUGAACUUCUGCGAGAUUUGGAAAACUGUGAAAAUGAUCCUGUGGCUAUAGCAGACUGUUUUGUUUCCAAGAGUGAAGAUUUCCACAUCUAUACACAGUACUGCACCAACUACCCAAGGUCAGUCGCUGUGUUGACAGAGUGCAUGAGGAACAAGAUGCUGGCCAAGUUCUUCAGAGAGCGGCAAGAAGCGCUGCAGCAUUCUCUGCCCCUAGGCUCCUAUCUCUUAAAACCUGUCCAACGCAUCCUCAAGUACCACCUGCUUUUGCACGAGAUAGAAAACCAUCUUGACAAGGACACUGAGGGCUAUGAUGUGGUGCUGGAUGCCAUAGAUACGAUGCAGAGAGUGGCAUGGCAUAUAAAUGACAUGAAGAGGAAACACGAACAUGCCAUCAGGCUUCAAGAGAUACAGAGUUUGCUCACUAACUGGAAAGGGCCAGACCUUACGAGUUAUGGGGAGCUGGUGUUAGAAGGAACAUUUCGUAUUCAGCGAGCCAAAAAUGAGCGCACAUUGUUCCUCUUCGACAAGCUGCUGCUAAUUACAAAAAAGAGAGAUGAGAUGUUUGUAUACAAAGCUCACAUACUGUGUGGGAAUCUCAUGCUUGUUGAAGUAAUACCAAAGGAACCACUCAGCUUUAGUGUCUUCCACUACAAAAACCCCAAGAUGCAACAUACUGUCCAGGCAAAGUCACAGCAAGACAAGCGUCUUUGGAUUCUUCACCUGAAGAGGUUAAUUCUAGAAAAUCAUCCUGCUAAAAUUCCUGCUAAGGCCAAACAGGCAAUUCUAGAAAUGGAUGCCAUACAUCACCCAGGCUUCCACUAUAGCCCUGAGGGAGAAAUGAAAUCGUUGUACCAGCCUAAAGAAGGUGGUAGUGCUCCUCACAGAGUGAGAAGGAAAUCUGAACCCUCAUCUAGAGUCCAUAAAGUUAUGAAGUCAAAUGAUAUAAGUCCAGAUAUGCAGAAGCGGAUCAGUAUUGAAGGAGCCCUGUUAUCUCAAGCCACCAAACUAGGAUCAAGUGAAGCCCUGCUGAAUUCUAGGAAAAAAGUUUCCUUGGAACCCAGUGGGCUGGAGAGCCAAUUUGAAGAGUCCAUUGAGCCAGCCUACAGCAGCGAUCAGGAUGAAAAUCUCCAGACUUCUGCUACAGAACAGAUUGAUGCUGAUGAUGAGGAAGAUUCUGAACAGGGAGUGCAGCAAAACUCACUGCAGAAAUCAAAAGGGGGAAGAAAAAGACUUAAUAGUCAAGCUGCUGAAAAUGUUGAAAAACGUCGAAGUGUUAAUCUCAACAAGUGUGAAACACAGAGUUCCAAGGACCCUUCGGAUGAAGAGUCAACCCAGUUGAACACCGGUCUUCCAUUUUCCUGCACAGGUAGACAGCCACAGUUGCCUAGACAAUUCAGCACACCCCAGAGCAACUCACUAAUCAUGAAUAUCCUGGGGGGAAGUACCUCUAUCAGAAACAUCUGGACUGACCAUCAGAUCAGGCAGGCAUUGUUUCCCAGCCGGCGUCCACCUUACGAGAAUGAAGAUGAUGAAGAUGAUUAUCAGAUGUUUGUACCAUCAGUAUCUACAUCCAAAGCUAGUUCAGCUGUUGGUGGAGAAAGGAGGGGUUCUUCUGGGCGUCCAUGCAGCUGGCACUUGGGGACAGUACAUCAAAGUGAGACUUCUAGCCCCACCCGUCCCAAAAUUGUUAGGCGGGCCAGUAGUGCUGGUGAAAGUAACCUGUGUCGAGCCAGCACAAGAUAUAAAAUUGGGGAGCGCAAUUCCCGAAAGGAAGUAAAGAGAGCAGAGGUGAGCAGUAUGAAUGCAUAUCCUGAAUCUUCAGAGGAGCUGACCAUCGAUGAUAUUGAACAUGUUUAUGAUAAUAUAAGCUAUGAAGACUUAAAGCUGAUGGGUCUGACAAGAAGAGAGGAGACAGACCAUGGUCCCCAGAGGUCUGCUCGAGAUUCUCUCUAUGAGGCUGAAAAUAAAAGCAGCUUAGAUUCACCCUCCAAAAAGAGGACAACAAAUCAAAACAGGGCCUCAAUUCAUGCUAGUAGGGAUGAGAUACUACUUAGUAGAGAAGCACCUACUUCAAGUUUGAAUGAGCUCAGAAUUGUUGAAGACAACAUCUAUGACACAAUAGUGCUUCCAGAAACACCUCUAUUGAAUUUUAAAUGUGAUCCCUUAAAAUGCUCCAAAGGGCAGAGUUUUCUGGGCCUGGAAAAAGACUUUGCAUGUUGUGACAAUCUACAGCAGUUUGUUUCUGAAGAGAGUCUCCAGUUCAGUGAGGAUGAAAGUCCUUACCAUCGUGUUCCUGUUGACAAUGACUAUUUGAGCUUAGUAGAUAGUUCCUCCAACUCAGAUUCACUCUCUCAUAAGUCUGCAGCAGAUAAACUCUCAGAGGAAGUGGAUGAGAUUUGGAAUGACCUGGAGAAUUACAUCAAGAAAAACGAGGAAAAGACAAGAGACCGUCUCCUUGCAGCCUUUCCUGUUUGUAAAGAUGAUAUGCAGGAAAGGUUGCAUGCUGGUAGUACACCUGAACUGAGUAAAGAUGCAGAGUACUCACUGUCUACUCUCUCUCUGCCAGAAACUCCUAUUUUCCCUAAAACUGCGAAGCCCAGGGCUGCCACCAUAAGUGAGGCUAAUCUCAGGCUGGAAGACAGUACACCAUGCAAGGAAAACUCUUUUAUGAGUCUGAACAGAUCUUCCUUCUCCAGUGAGAUGCCUUUUGUAGAUAGCCCAUAUGAAUCUGCCAAUAGUGUUCUGUCCAAUGCGCAUACAGAGGGCAUGGAAAAUGACUUGGCUGUUGUGGAUAAAACAAAGAACAGAGUUUUUAUGAUGGCAAGGCAGUACAGUCAGAAAAUUAAGAAGGCCAACCAGCUUUUGAAAGUUAGAAGUCCAGAGCAGGAACAGCCAGCUAGCAGACAACAAAAACAGAAACAUAAAGAUCUUGCUGCCAUUCUGGAAGAGAAGAAACAAGGUGGUCCUGCUAUUGGUGCCAGAAUAGCUGAAUAUUCUCAGCUUUACGACCAAAUUGUCUUUAGAGAAAGCUCAUCAAAGGUCCACAAGGAAGCCUGGGCUGCCACUCAGGAGCCAUCAGCUGAGAGGUAUUCCACACCUGUGGCUGCUUCUCCUCACCAUUCCCAGGCUGUCAGUGAGUGCUCAAGAGCAGAGGAUUGGCUUUUGCAUUCUACGUACAGCAAUGGCGAGCUAGCUGACUUCUCUCCAUGGUCUGAAUCUCAAGACCCAAAGUCCAAGAGCUUGUAUACAGAAACUGGUACAAAAAGCAGUUCGCCACAGUUGCCAGUAGCUGGCUCAGUGCCUUCCCUUCAGAUUUGUAACCGUUUGCAUGUCCCGGCACAGAGGUGGAGUGCCAUUAUAAGCCAACCGAACAAAGAAAAUUUACAUCAAGAUCACAUCUAUAAUUCCCUUGGGAGAAGAGUAAUCAAUGUAAAACCACAGGUGUACAGCAGGUCACAGUCAUCUUCCUCAAUUGUGGUCAACAGGUCUGGAGAAGCAGUCCUAUAUCCUAAUGAAAUGGACAAGAAAAAGCUCCAUUUGAAUAGGAACUUCCGAUUCAACAGCCAUCAAAUGUUGGAUGUUGCUUCAGGAUGUUCAGGGACUGAUACGAGAAAGCAAAUCCCUGAAAACUGUUCAGAUAUGAUUCUACAGGAUUCUCAAAAGGUUCUGAGAGUGAACAAAGCGUCUCCUCUGACAGCACAGAUGGCCACUCAGAACUAUUUUUCUAAUUUCAGAGAUACUGAAGAAGGAGAAGGCGAUGAUGAUGAUUAUGUUGAAAUAAAGUCUGAAGAUGAGGGAUCUGACUUGGAGACCUCUCAGAACCAAACAAGGAAAUCUGAUCCCAAACUAUGUAAUGCAGAUGCCGCUCCUUCUGAAAUGCUGUGUGGCAAAACUAUUUCUUGUACUCCCGCGAAGUCUGCCAGCAGCAAACAUGCGCUUACCCCGUAUCUGACACCGUAUAGUGAUUCGGAUAAACUAAAUGACUACCUGUGGAGAGUACCAUCUCCUAAUCAACAGAAUAUUGUCCAGUCUUUAAGGGAAAAGUUUCAGUGUCUCAGUUCAAGUAGUUUUGCCUGACGCUUUCAGUAAUUUCUAGCUGUACUGCCUUAUCAUGACAAAGUAUAUACUAUGACAAUCAGUACUGGCAUCAUGUAUUUUCAUAAUAUUACACAAUCAGGCAUUGUAUCAUUGUAUUAUUGUAAAUAGAUGUGAAAUAUAUCUUUUUUUUUUUUAAAUAGUUUAGAAUUCUGGAAGCGAAAAAGGCCAAAUGUGCACUAUGUCUGAGGUCUCACUCCAUAGUGCAGAUGGACUUCUCAUCUCUGUUUCAAUCUUUGCAUCUCUCCUCUUGUUAGGUGUGGUACUCUCUGAUCCUUGCCAUCAAACCAGGUGUGAUGUCAUUUGAUUUUUAAACCAUUUUAUCGUGUGGAGACCUUAGUGUUUGAGUUUUGAGUUGGUAACCGGUGUUCUGUGUCCAAAAUACCCAUGUGGUUACUCUUGUUGCGUAUGGGAACAUUUAGCUGAGCAGUUACUCCUGUAAGCGUGCAAAUUUCUGAGCAGGGUUCUGGUAAUUUGGUAAUUACACCAACAUACUAUGUGUGCAGUUGCACAUGCUUUUUGCACGUUACUUUUUGACAGACAUAUUCCAAGUGUAUGGGAUCAAUGCAUACGCUACAUUACUUUAGAACAGGCUUCUUAGGUUUUAAACCAAGUUUAGUCCUAGUGCUUGUGAGAGGCUGAUGUCUCUUUGUCUGAAGCCUCUUCUACUUUGUGUAAUCACAUAGUAGGAAGCGGAUGGGCAGUGUUAGCUUUUCAUGUGAAUCUGUAGAUGUGAGACAGCCCUUGUGUGGAACAUGUUUUGAACACUAGAAGGGGAGCUCCGUUGGUUGUGAAAAUGGCUAGGCUGAGUUUAGUACCUCCAGUGAUGGUGGUGGUUGUGACAGGCAGGCAAAAUCUGAGUAUCUUGUUGCUCACUAGGUGUGAAUUUCUCAAGUAGCUGUGUUUUAUGUGCAAUGGCCAGCAGGGCAUUUGUUUGAGUCCCAAAAUCAGUAACCCAAAGAGAAAAUGGGACAUGACCAAGUGCUUGGGUGAAAAAUUAGUCAUGCAGCAUGUUUGACCCAUAGGAUCUUUCAGCUGUUCUGCUGGUUGAGUGGUAAGCUACCUUCACCAGGAACGUAUCUCCUGUCACAGGAAAUGAUCCUUCCUGGCCGUGAGAGGUAAAAUAUUUGUUUUCUAAACCAGUGAGGGCUGCAUUGAAUCUAGUUUAUGUACAUUAAAAGUAGCUUAAAAAAUGAGAAUACAUUCCAUUUGUUUGCAAAUAAUAUACUUAUAGAAUAAAUGUUGUCACUCACAACAAAAACAGGCUUUCCAAUAUGAUGCAUAUUUUACUCCCCCUUGUCAUCUCUAUUGCACAGCUUUGGAUUCUGUUACUUGAAAAUAUUGUACCUAAAGGAAAGCCUAAAUACGUCUACGCUGAUCAUCUUGUGUGACUGUUGUUCUUUUUUGGUGCUUAAAUCCUUCACAUUACAUGGAUAAAGCCAGUAGAGAGUUAAACGUAUCAAUAAAUAAAGGAGUUUAAUUGAAAUACUAUUUUUACCGGCCACAUUAUCAUACCCCUCAGCUACAGAGCACUGUGCUUCCAGAACAGACAACUAUUUGACUACAUUGGUUACCAUGAGGAAAACCUGAAGUUAUCAGUGUACAGCUAAUUACGUGUAGACUAAGAUUUAAGGACUUGAAUUUGUUAGAAGGGAUUAAAUUAUUUACUGCACGUAUCUCGCAUUGGCUAGUUGUUAUUUUGGGGGCUGGUUGGUCAUGGUACUUACUAGCUCGUACCACCGGGAUACUUGUUGCAGUCAGCGCAUCCACUGUAACAGGACCCGCAUCCAAGUAAAAUCCGACUGAGAAAUAAUGUUGUACAUAUUUCAGAUGCUGUAGCGGAGCCCCGUAUUUAUUUAAUAUAGCUUGUAAAGUAUUGUAAAUAUGAAUAGAAGUUAAAUCUGUGCUUUACCCGUGCACGUCUAGGUUUUUUUUAAACAGAUAGGGGAAUGUUUAACUCGCAUCUCAUGCCAUCGGUGGAGUUGGGAAGCGGGGUGGGG